AUGGCAAUCCUCAUAAAUCUGAUUCUACUCAUCUGUCUCUGUGUGUAUCUAGCAGUAGCAGAGGCACCCGAGGAUCUGUCUGGGAGUAUUGUCGAGGUUGGGAUUUUGGAGGUAGGCACUUGGCGAUGGACGUUACAAUCUCAUUGUGGGAUCAAUCGACUCGAUCUAGUUGAGAUUGUCGAUGAUGUUCUGUGUUUUGACGGCCUAGACGGUCGGCAAUGGGGCAGGUUAAGAACUGCACCAGAAGAACCCAACCGUUCAAGAGGAAGCGCCAGACGCACUCGCCGGGUGCGAUACAACUCCAUACUAAUCAUAGCGGGAGAGUUGAGGCAUUUGGAUUCACCUUUCAAGGCGGUACGAAUUAAAGCCUUGGUAUAUUUGCUUAUUGAGGAGGUGGGAAUCUUAAUAUUCAUUGGUGGUGAAGUGCCUUCUGUCGUCAGUGAGUCUAAUGCAACAUAUACUUCAAAUAGCUGGAACUAUGCCCAAGUAUACGAUGUUUCUGCGCGUAAAUGGUUCAACCGCCGCACUUUGGACACUGUCGUACAAAGGAAAACGGAAUUCUGUGCCAUUGUGCAGCAUGACGCGCCCUCUACCGCGUAUCUGUCUAUCCCGCCAGUCAAAUGGUAUCAUGCAAGAAGCCUUGACCAUGAGCGUAUGUCUCAUGUAUAUGAAGCCUAG